GUUAUUCUAAAACAUAUAUAUAUAUAUGUAUAUUUAUAUAUAUAAAAAUUUAAGUAUUAAAGCAGAUGUCUAGCAUCUUUUUUAUACAACAGCCAAGGAUUAUAUCAGUAAAAGUUUAUGAGAUUGUUAAUCAUAACACUGACAGUCAUCACAAUAGAGCUGAGAAUGUUAUAAAAGAUUAUGGAUAUAGUCUAAAAAAGUAUACAUAUAAUAUUUUAACGAAAUCAGCGGGAGUGAGGGUGACACCACUGGCACCAACAACAUCUGACAGUUGUGUAGAGGCAACUAGUGAUGACACUGACAUAGAAGAGUACGACAUUGAUUAUGACUACGAUGGAUGUCAAACCGAUACGGAUUAUUCCACCAGUGAAACUUUAACGAAUUAUAAUAAUGACUGUUGUAAUGGCAACGAAAUGAUUGGUCAACUUUGCAUAGCUUUACACACCUCGUUUAGUACUGAUGAAGAUGAAUAUACCCCUGUGGAAGAAUAUACCAGUACUGACUGCAUAUAUGACGAUGAUGAUGAUGGUACUAGCGGUACAGGUAGUCAUAGAAGCUCCUUUACGGAGGAGGACACAGUGGAUAGUUCGGUGAUUUGUAAAAUUACCAGAAAAUUUAAGCAUACGCGAAUUUAUCAUAAACCGAAUAACGUUGGACAACAGUUGAAUGGUAUGUUCAAGAAGCAGAACACUCUGUGUGGAGGUAUUCAAGAUGACAAACAUCAGAAGAAGGAGAAGCAGAAAGAAGAGGAGGAGGAGGAUGUAGAAGAAUAUGAAUACACUGAAGUCUGGCAUACAUCAUCGUCAUCAUCAGAAAGUAACAGUGAUCUUAGAGAUGGAGAUGACGAGGAAAUCAUUGAAGAAGAUAUCUACGAAGAAGGCUUUUAUAACAACCAUACUGGAAGGGAUAGUUAUGCAUGUCAGUAUGGGGAAUUCGAUGUUUGCGAAGAAGAUGACAGUGCUGAGGAAUUUACAAGAAAUGAAAAGGAGAUAUUGAAGUAAAAUGACAACCAAAGUAUCGGUUUCAUCAGUAAGUCUCACAUGUAAUAAAAAUCGAUAUAUUAAAUGAUACAAAGGAAUAAGAAUUUAUUGAAAUGUAAUGAGAAUGAUCGCAUAUAAAUAAAUUGGUUCUACCCCUAAAUUCUCUCUCUCUCUUUUCAAAAAUAAGCUACUUUCCGAUGAAGAUGACGAUGAGACCACCUGAGAUCGUUUCGGAUGGUGCAGAUUGAUGUGUUGCAGUAUUCGUCGAGUUAGUGGCUGAUGAACUAUUCGUGUUGUCGUCUAUCAGCUAGAGUUUUGUAGUUAGGUC